CUUGGUGUCAGUGUCGUCAGUGGUUGAUUUAUUGUGUCAAAAAUCAGAGGAUCGAAGCAAAUCCGGCCGAAUCUUUCGCGAGAAAUUUAUCAUGGAUUCCAAAUCUUCAAUCAAAGGCCCCUUCCUGUCACAGGAAAAAUUCGGUUCAAAAUUUACACGUUUUGCAAGGCAUCCUUCGAGAAUUGGCACCAAAGCAUCAAAAUUUCUCACCGCAACAAGAGGACUUCCACCCGUUUAUCGAAGCUCUGCUGCCUUACGUUAAGUCGUUCAGCUACACUUGGUUCAACCUUCAGGCGGCGAAACGGCGCUACCUCAAAAAGCACGAGAAGAAGAUGACCCACAACGAGGAGAACAAGUGCAAGCGGGACUUUCAGAACGAGAAUCCGGAAACGAAGCAAAAGUGGGCCGCCCGACUGUUGGGGAAACUGCGCAAGGACAUCACCCACGAUAGCCGGGAGAACUUUGUGCACUGCAUCUCAAAGAAGAAAACCUCAAUGUGCAUUCUGUCCAAUCCGGACCAAAAGGGAAAAAUGCGCCGAAUAGAUUGUCUCCGGCAAGCGGACAAGGUCUGGCGCUUGGAUCUGGUGAUGGUCAUCCUGUUCAAAGCGAUCCCCCUGGAAAGUACCGACGGCGAGCGGCUCGAGAAGGCCUGUUUCUGUACCAGUCCCAGCCUGUGCAUCAAUCCGUAUCACAUACAAGUAUUAAUUAAGGAGUUAGAUCUCUAUCUGGCCAACUUCAUUAAAUCCCCAGCGGAAAUGCAUCGCAUCCAAUUAACCUGUCCAGUGCCCGACCGUCAUGUGGUACACAAUUACUGCGAAGAGCCGCCGCCACAGCUAGAUUACAAGAAAUCGAUAACAGCUACAAAUGUAUCUCCCUUAAGUGAGUGGAAUGAAUUUAGUCGGCCAUGUGGACACGGGCCAGGAGGUGUGGCCAAACAAGUUGCGUUGCGAGCCUGCCCUUUGUGUUUGGGAAGAUCACUGUAGCAAAACAUCAACAACGCCGCGUGAAUACAAAUAAUUCUUUCGGCUGGUCAUCAUCGUGGCAGGCCAUGCCAGGACGGGGGGAAAACAGAUAGACAGGACAGAGGAUAGACGUGUCGUGCGACGACUGCUAACAAUUCGGCCUGCUAGGAUCGACUUGGCUUUUUAGAUGUCCGAUAGUCGUCUAAUAGUGCUCUAUUGAAUCAUCAAAUCAUCAUCAUCUCCAUCGCCGCCCGUUCCCUCUAGUUUCGUUGAUGCCGACGCCGAAGGCGGCACAAAGGAUCCAAAGUAUACGGUAUCAAUGGUGGAUUUGGGAUUGUUUUUAUUUGUGGGCCCUCUUUCCAACGGGUAUGAUUUGGCAUCUUUUUUGUUCAGAUAUGUGUGAUCUUGUUUAUGCAACACCACCACCAAGUAGACGUUGGUUAGCGGGGCACAGAAUAAAUUUAUAUUAAGUAACCAUCCUUUGUUAUUAUCUUUUCCCGAAAAAAAAAGUUUCUUUUCUUUUGCAUUAUCCACCAAAGAUAAAGCUUUGUGGGGGAGAAGUGAUGCUACUUCUCUACUCCUUCGGUCGUCUUGAGGCUUUUGUAAUGGGUCAAUGCUUUGUUUUCCCAUUUUUUUCUGUUUGGACCUCAAAAAGCCACUCCAAAGUGGUUGAUUUGUUUUGUUGUGUUUUUUUUCUCCGCUUUCUUACCAGUCAUAUUGUUCCCAUGCUGUCUGACCCAAGAUUCUGAUACGCUGGUCAACGGAAGAGCUGGUUGUUGUUUGAGAAGCAAUUGAAAUGUGAGAAAAAGAACUUAUCGAUUUGCUUCUUUUCUGUUUCGAAAAACGGCAAUGAAUAACAAUAUUUACCGGAUCAAUAAACAUAAUAGCCUUCGUUCUUGUGGUGUGUUCGGACACGAACAAAAGGAAACGAUGAUAGAGGUGAAGAGUGAGAGGAUCCGUAGGACCGCUAUCGAUCGAUUCUCGGCAUAAUGGGUUUGUAGGACUGAAAUUCGAUCGCUUGAACUCCAAGCAUGGAAUGGUAAAAUUUGCUCAACUCUUUUCCCGUUUUUUUUUUGUUUGCUCUGCGGUGAAUUCAAGUCGAAUAUGAUCAGCUGGGGAGGAUCUUCUGUAAGGUGUUAAGUUCGGAUUCAUUUUUCUGUGUGUCGCAAAUAUUGGAACAAAAAUAUGUUAAAUUUGUUGAAGAGUGAACUUCCAAGAACUGGAUCGAUAAGUUUGCGAAACGGAAAGUGAGUUGAUCUUUCCCAGGCGAUUCGACAGUCGAGUUUGGUCGAUCAGCUGUUCACUGAUAUUGUUUUGGUGAUUCGGAAGCAAUGAACGCUCUCGAAUUAUUCGUGUAGGGAUCGUUUUAGAGAUAGAUGUAAUCUUAACCCUUUUGUUUUUAUAAUUUCCAUUUUUCCGCCAUGUAUUUUUUUUUCAUUGUGUCGUGUGGGAACUUCGAGAAAAACUUUAUGUGAACCUCGCCUCUAAGUCUAUUUUGAUAACAUCUCAUACUGUAUUUUCCCAUGUGAAAAACUCAUCCUGACUACACGGUUACACGGUAGUGAUCUCGACUAUUUUGUACCAUAAGAGAGUGAAGGUGGAGGAGCUGAGAUUCAAACAAGACGGUGCAACAUGCCACACUGCGCGUCCCAUAAUGAAUUUAUUGACAGUGAAUAAAUUCGCAUAAUGGACCGAUAAAUUGGCCUGCGAUUUUAAACUGUUGGACUAUUUUUUGGGGUUAUGUGAAGUCUGUACGGUACACCGAGAAACUGCAUACGAUUAACACCUUGGAGGACAACAUUCUUCACAUUAUCACUGAAAUACGGCUGCGAGUAGUGAUCGAAAAUUGUACUUCGACCAAGAUCUUCAAAGAUCGACCAUAAAAAAGUUUUAAACCAUUUGCUGGAUUCACAAAGAAGCUCGGUGUUUGGGUGUCACACCAAUUUACAGAAAAAACACGAUGGAUCGAAUUUCCAUCUGCGAAGCCUUGGUCAAACUGAAUGAAAUCGACCCAUUUCUGAAAGGGAUAGUGAAUAGGGAUGAGAAAUGCGUCACAUACGACAAUAUUGUGUGAAAACGAUCGUGGUAAAAGCGUUGUGGAGCCGCUCAAACGGUAGCCAAAGCAGGUCUAACGGCCAGGAAGGUUCUACUGUGUAUUUGGUGCGACUUGAAAGGAAUAAUUUAUUAUGAGUUGCUUCCGAAUGGCUGAACACUAAAUUCAGCACUGUACUGUCAAGAACUGGACCGUUUGAAGCUAGCUGUUGACGAGAAACGGACAGAAUUGGCCAACAGAAACUCCGGGAGCUGAGUUGGGAAGUCUAAACCAUCCACCAUAUAAUCCGGCCUGGCACCAAGCGACUACUACCUUAUUUUCGCAUUGCAAAAUUUCCUGAGUGAUAAGAAAGUAAACCUUUAUGAAAGAGUUAUUAUGGAGCUACAUUUAAAAUGGCAACAAACCAAACCGUGCAUUGAAUUGACUUGAAUGGCGUUAACGUUCCCUGUGGAACUUUUGCCGUCUUAACGUAUGCAUUAACUGGCGUAAUUUAUUAAUACUUAGUUGAGAUUUCGUUAGCCAAAUAACACGCCUUGAAUGUAUUCCGAGGGGCAAGCUCUAGAAUACGCGUGACCACAGUGCAAGUCGAAGGAAAUUUCUUUGACGAAAAAUCCCCCCGGCCAGAACGGGAAUCGAACCCGAACACCCGGCAUGAUAAUGUGAGACGCUAACCACUCGGCCACGGGUGCACCGUGCAUAUUUGGCCCAAAUCGAACAAUCCUAAAUGUCUUAAAUAUAGUUUUGAAUUUUACGCAAAAAUAAUGGAUUACUUUUUCCCCAUCCUCCCACAACUAUUAUAACACAUUUCAAAUAAACAAAACACACACAACACUAUGGCAUCCACUCCAAUAUAACAUCGACAGCGCGUAAAACAACAACAAUGUGCGCAUGUGAUGCAAUAAUACACGAACACUCUCCACUAGACGGUAUGAAAUCCGACGAAACCGGAUUGCUUUCAGUUUACGUACCGGAUUCGUUUUUAGGAAAAGCUCUCACGGGGUCAUAUCUGGAGGAAAAAUUCGUUCACAAUGAUCGAUCGAUGAACUGGUGCAAAAUUCAAAUAAUAUUCUGCCACAAAUCGGGCUGUUUAGGACGAAUUUUCUCUCUCAAACGCAUCAUAACGCAAAUAUUCUUUAUUGAUCAACGGAAGGCUAUUUACUGUCAUCCGUGAGAAAUUUCGAAUGGACAACCACGAACAUCGAAGAAAACAUUAGGAAAGCAUUAACUUCACUUUGAUCGACUUUGACGAAGUUUGUUUUUCGGUUUCGGUGGGAUCAGAAUUUGAUCGUUCAAGCGUGUCUUCAGCCAGUUGAUUGCGAUAGGAUUUCAGAAGAAAAUUGAGCUGGUUUGGCACUAGUAGUGCUGCGACUUUUGUUAGGCCCAAAACAUCAACCAAAAUAUGGCAAACGAUGUCUUGAGAGAUAUUCAAUUCACGGGCUUGCUCUCUCAAACCUAAAUGACGAUUUCCGAGCACCAUUCCUUUUAUUUUGUCGAGAUUUUCAUCAGUUGAAGAGUUCGUCCUGGACGUGGCAAUUCGCUCCUCUCUAUGCCUUUUACCAUUCAUACACUAGUGUUGAGUUGAGUCACCAAAUGCAUUCUGCAACAUUUUGAACGUUUGUGCAACACAAAAUUUCACACAAUAUCUUUGAUCAAUAAAGUUAUCCAUAUAAAAAAUAGCCGACAAAUUCCUGGUAUAUAUUUGACAGAAUGAACACAUGAAACCGAAAGUUAUGAAUCGUUCGUUUUGAGAGUCGCGUAGUAUUUUGUACUUCUGGUACGAUUUGCGAUUAUAUGCUCCUCUAAUUUACUCCAAACUUUGAAAAAUCGGCUAACGAAAAAUGGCUAUGAAAUGUUUACAGAUGUUAAGGGAAUGUAUUAGGCUAAAAAUUUGUAUGCAAACAUUAAAAAUUACUGUGAUAUUUGCAGAAAAUCCACUAUAUUUUGUAAAGCACAAUAAAAAUCCUGUUUUUGGCCUUUUUUUGAAACCGAUUUGAAUUCGAUUUUUCAUUUAUUCCCGAUAUUGUCGCCCACUACACCCAUACACACUAAGAUAAAAAAAGUGUACGUAAAGUAUUCUGAUACCUGAGAGUUAUAUCUUCAAAAUAAUAUACAUUCCAUCGAUAUGCGUUGAUUUUUCACGAAGUUACAGCAUAUAAAAAAAUCACUCAAAAUUUACGACUUCGCACUCUGUUCCUCUAUUUUUUGUCGAGUGUAUAUAAUACGACAUAUAUGCACAUAUAAAGCAAUAUAUAACGAUAUUACGAUGCUUGUUACACUGAUAUGCAAUUUAACCCAACGAUGCUCGUUAUACUGAUAUACAGGGAAACUUUGAUAUAACGUACAUUUCACUUCAAAAAUUUUACGUUGUAUCGAAGCAUAAUAAAGAACUCAGAAAAAUAGGUCAAAUAACUUUAUUGUGAUGCUGUUUGGGAAGAGUUAGUGAAUAAUGAUGAAAAAAUUCAACUAGAAGGUGGAAAAUAAAUAUCAAUUUUGAAAAUAUUUCUUUUUUCUGUGUAAUUUUUGUAUAUAUUUUUUGUAUUUUCAUAAAAGUCUUAAAUCAUUCUCUGAUUAAAAUUUUGUGCUCCCUUGGCCGAGUGGUUAGCGUCAUAACUAACAUGCCGGGUGUUCGGGUUCGAUUCCCGUUCUGGUCGGGGGAAUUUUUCGUCAAUGAAAUUUCCUCCGACUUGCACUGUGAUCACGCGUAUUCUAGAGCUUGCCACUCAGAAUGCAUUCAAGGCGUGUUAUUUGGCAUAGAAAUCUCAACUAAGUACUAAUAAAAAUGACGCAAGUAAUACUACGUUGAGACGGCGAAGUUCCUCUAGGAACGUUAGUGCCAUUGAAGAAGAAGAAGAAGAAGAAGAAGUUUAAAAAAAACUUUAAAAAUCUUAAAAUUAAAAAAAAAAAAUUAACUCAAAAACUAUAAGCACUACAGAACAUUGGUCAGAUAAUGAAAUGUAGGAAAUUGUUCAAGCUUUAAUAAAAAAAAGCACACAAAUUUUUAAAAAAAUAUUUUGAAAAUUAAAAUUAGUUUUUCUCAAAAAAAAAUAAUCUUUUUUAAAAUUUUGAACUAAAAUUAUAUGCAUAGUCCAUACAACCAGGAAGUCUUCCAUACAGACACUGUUGCUUUUGGUAAUUUUUAGAAAAUUAAAAAAAAAACGAAUUUUAGAAAAUUUAAAAAAAAUUAAAAAAAAAAUAUUUUAAUUUGAAACAAAAAAUGUUCAACAUAAUUUUAAAAAGGCAUUUUUUUAAUGAAAAUUUGAACAAUUCCCUACAUUUCAUUCCAAUGAGGUACAUAUGAGGUGGAGCAGUAGGCAAAAUAUACUUGAUUUAGUACACAACAUAUGGUGUUAUUCAAUAUGGAAUGUGUAUGGAAGAAACAAAACAAUGAUUAAAUAACUCACAGUUUCAUGAUGUUACGAGCCUAAUUGCUGAUGACAUUUUGUAAAUGAUUGUUUUCUAAAAGAUGGCAAUUGUCAUCAAGCAGCAAUGGUAAAUUAUUUUCAUCAUUUAAGGGGCAAAAAUGUCCAGAGAACAGUUGUACUCUUAGUCCUCUGAAAAGCAGAAUUUUCAAUGAAAUUUUGCUUAAUUUCACUGUUUUUUCUCAAAUUUUCUCAAAAAUAAUUACUGAUGACAUUUUGUAAAUGAUUGUUUUUUAAAAGAUGACAAUUGCAUUGUGACUUAUUUCCAGUCGUACUCUUAGUCCUCUAAAAUAGCAGAAUUUUCAAUGAAAUGUUGCUUAAUUUUACACCGAUACUGUGAGCGUCGAAAUAAUCGACAAUUUAUCGCGAAAACAAUGAAAAUUUUGUUUGUUACUAUGAAGGUGAGAGAGUGAAAAGGACGCACAAAAAUAUCACUUUUAUUCAUCUUCUUCGAACUGAUUCUACAAAUAUCCACUACACAAUGUCAUAUUCUCAUAUUCAGCGGAAACUUGAAACAACUAUCUGUUUUUAAUUGAUUUUCGGAAAGCUUAUGCCCUCAGAAAUGUUGUCCUAAAAGGAUUUUUCGAUAUUUGAUUUCGUUGGAAAGUUACAGCCAAAAGUAUGAAGCCACCUCAAGGGAAAAUUGUAUUGUUGUACGAAUAUUGAAACGCGUUUUUCUCGAAACCAUGUUAUUUCAACUGGUGGUAUCGAUAUCUCAGGAUCUACUCGACCGAUUGGUCUGAAAUAUUUUAUCAGCAUGUAAAAAUGAAUUAUCUAAGGCGUUACAUAGCCGUUUUUUUAUAUCUAAUUUUUUUGGGUUUUUUUUUCCAAAAUCGCUAUUUAGAGAUUUUUCAUGAAAAAUACCUAAUUUUUAACAAAAAUGGCUGCCGGUUUGGCAAUUUUUCUGAAUUUUUAAAAACCCCUAUGUAGCGCUUUAGGUAUUGUCCUAAAGUUUCAAAAUAUUCAUUGUAAUUCGUUCUGCGACACCCCGUUGCUUCAGAACAGAUAGCACCAGCAAGGUACCGAUUUACGAACAGCAUUAUGACGCUGUCAACAGCGUCAUACUCAUUAUUCGUGCACUCAAAAAAUGGAAAAUACAUCUUCAAAUAUACCUUGAACACUUACCAAAAUACACGAACACUUCAAUUUAUUCGUAUCAUCCGAAAAAACCCAUCAAUGAUAUCGAAAAUCGUGUUUUUGCAUUUUAUACGAUUUCAGGUUCGCAUGACGCAUACUUUGAUGAUAUUUCAUACGAGUAUGAUUUGAUACGAAUUAAUAUACGACCUAACCUGUGCAAAAGUUAUUCGAUCUAAUGCAUGCUAAGUAGGCUUAAAAAGGCAAAAAAAAGAAAUUUCCAGAAAUUUCAUAUGCCUCAACUAAACAAUUGUUUUGUUCCAUACUUAUUGGCUUUCAAAAUUUGAUGAUUGUGGUUAACAAAAUGUGCUGCCACGACUCAAACAGGCAAGAUACUACAUCUUCUAAUGUUUUUCUCCAGUGAUCUGUUCAGUGGUUGAGCAAAAAAAAAAAUCAUACUAUGUAUUAUCAGAGAAAAUUUCAUCCCCACAACAGCGCGCGUUUCAGUUAUCAAUUAUUGAAACGGCCGUUCACAAAAUAGUUGCCGGCUUAUCCAUGCAUUAUGAAAUUUUAUCAAAGUGUAGUAUAUUUGGAGCGUCGAGGGUCUUCCAAUCAUCAUCUAUGACGGAUUUUGAGCAACAGAAACGUUCGAACAUGGUAUGAAAGUUAUCCGGUUUCGUCAGUUUUGAUUCCAGUUACGUUUUUUCCUUCAAAUGAGCUGAUGUAAUUUUUAAAUGUUUUAAAAAAUGAACCAGAUUCCUCGCAAUUAUGUACUUGAUGAACGCUCAAAUCAUGAUUUUCAGUUCUUGAACUAUCCAUUGCCCAAAAGUCAACCGACUUUUCGCCGCAUACAAUAUAUUACGGUUUUGAUUACCUAACCUCUUUUCAAAAUUAACUGAACUGAAACGACGAACCUGGAACGAACUGAACCUUUAAUCUUAUUUCUUAUUUUCCGAAAAACUAGAUGUAAACGAAGAUGAUCGUCACUGUAUUUGCAAAAUGUAAAUAGACUAUUAAGACCGUAUAAAAUCUUAUAAUUGCCCCCUUUAUUUGUAAUUUGUGGAAAAAAAAUUCCUUUUUUUUAUUUUCCGAAACCAGCUAUCGACUUUCUGAGCGAUCACUAUUCUUUAUAAUAUUGACUAUCAGAGACGAAAACGUGACCUUUCAUUCAUUCUGUUCUAUGUGUUCUAUGUAUCAAACGAAAACCGAAUGAUGGCGCUAAUUGGAUUUGUUAUCUGUUUGUUUCUAUCUUUGUCCGCUAAACUUUGAAAGCACAAGAAAUUUUUCUUUCAUUACCGGAUAGUUUUACCUACCGCACAAUAUAAUAUUAUUUGAAGGUUCCAAAACUAGAAACAUGUUGUAAUAAUAAUAGCUUAAUAGCUUAAAAACUUUUAUUUCAUCUCCAGGUACUAAUUUAUAACGAAGAUAAGAUUUUCGAUAUAGCACUUCACUCCGCUAAUUUUUAGUCGAGUUUGUAAUCUUUCAUUUUUUCGUGACAUUUUACAUAUUUAGAUUUUAUUUAGAUCUAACCGGAAUAUAUGGAGGGUAAAAUGAAAACCUAAACACAGAACAUGCAGGAAAAAAUGAAAGAUUUCGAAUGCUUAUAGCUCGAACAUUUCGUACUGGAUAGGAGAGAUGUUUGCAUCACUUGAUAGGGAAUAUUUCUACGCAGGUUUCUGGGGAAAUCGGCUCUGCAAAUAAAUGCAAACUGCGAGUACUUUUGUCCUCGCUUGCCUUUGUGCAGAGUGGAAUAUGUCUGUCCUAACAUGAUCUUCUAAACUUAGGAACCUGGGAAAAUCGUGCAGCCACUAGAAGCGAAUGAACUUCCCAGUUUCAAGCAAAUUCGAGAUUCGAGAAGUAUGUACACUUUUGGGAUGUAAACUUCAGAGGGAAAUGUAAAAUAAAAUAAUCGUUUGAUAAUUUUUUUUUGUCUUUAUUGGAAAGAUUUUCAACCUUAGGCUGGUUCAUCAAACGUUUGAUAAUUCUUCCGUACAUAUAUUUUGUUCUAGUCAUCAUACCAAACGUAAAAGGUCCGUCAUUAAAUUUACUUGUAACGAAGAACAAUCAAUCACAAUAAAUGAAUUGACUUUACACGGCAUUUGUUCAUUUUUUUCACUCACAGAGAUAUUUGCUCUUGAACUCAAUUGAAUUUGGAAACUGUUUCAAUCAAUCAAGAAUUUAAUCAAUACAAACGAAUGAUUGCUAAGCUAAGGUAGUUCCACGUGAACCUUGCGGUUAUAUCAUAGAUAUAACCCACUCAUUUUUUUACACCCAUUUUUAAAGUAUUUCCACGUUGAUAACCGACUUUUGUUCAUAUGUUCAUGAAUUACGGCACUGUUUAUUUGAAACCUGAUUUUUUCGCGAGUCUUGAAUUAUUCUGUAGAGAAGUUGCACUGUGUUUGGUUUGCAGUAGGCCAUGUCCUGCAACACAACACAACGUGUCAAAAUCAUAGAACCGUAGUAGCCGAUGUCGGAAGCGUGUUCGACAGUAUAUACCCGCUGUCAGCGGUAUUGCUGCACUUAAAACUAAUCCUCCGCUGUCCCCUCAGCAAACUUUCAAUCAUCCCCGCCCAUUUCCCCCCGUAGCGCUCUCUCUCUCUCAUAGGCAAAGUCUAUAAAAUCCUUUCUCUUUUGUUUUCUCUU